AUGGCAAAAGUAGGUGAUGUUGAUGGACUGCCAUCUAGGGCGAUGGAUUCUGGUUUAGAAACCGUGGAUGGUGGAGAUCAGGAGUCAAACGGAAGUGUUCGUUUGAAAAAAGAAUUGGGUCUGAUGAAUGGUGUGGCGAUAAUUGUUGGAGUUAUAGUUGGCUCGGGUAUCUUCGUGUCACCACAUUACGUCCUCAAAUUUGCCGGUUCCAAAGGCAUGGCGCUCAUCGUGUGGGUGCUCUCGGGAAUCCUCUCCAUGAUUGGAGCGCUCUGCUAUGCUGAAUUAGGUACAAUGAUCCCAAAGUCUGGUGGAGACUACGCAUACAUUGGCGAGGCGUUUGGCAACCUGCCGGCGUUCUUAUAUUUAUGGGGGGCACUGUUCAUCCUGGUACCGACUGGUAACGCCAUCACCGCCCUCACCUUUGCGGAAUACAUCCUCAAACCACUGUGGCCAGAAUGUCAUCCGCCUACUACUGCAAUUAGCCUUAUAGCUGCUAUUAUUACAUGUUUUUUAACCGUCAUCAAUUGCUACAACGUCAAAUGGGUAACGCGAGUACAAGAUUCCUUCACAGCUGCGAAAAUAUUAGCAUUAUUGAUAACAUUCUUCGCGAGUUUAUGGUACUUAUUUUCUGGUCACACUGAAAACCUUCAGAAUAUGAUGGAGGGUACCACCACCAAGCCAGGAAGCAUCGCUAGUGCGUUCUUCACUGGCCUUUUCUCCUAUUCCGGCUGGAAUUUUUUGAAUUUCGUUACAGAGGAGUUAAAAGAUCCCUACAAGAACCUUCCCCGAGCAAUACGCAUAUCGAUGCCUGUGGUGACACUGGUCUACGCGCUGGCAAACGUCGCCUACUUCGCAGUUCUCACUAACGACGAGGUCCUUGUCUCCGAGGUUCUCGCUGUCACUUUCAGUGAGAAGAUAUUAGGCAAGGUGGCGUGGAUCAUGCCGCUUUUCGUCGCGAUGUGUACAGUUGGUUCAUUAAAUGGAGCUAUAUACGCCUCAUCUCGCCUGUUCUUCGUCGGAGCAAGGAAUGGCCACCUUCCACUUGCAAUAUCUUUAAUCGAUAUCAGAAGGCUCACACCCGUACCUUCCCUAAUUUUUAUGUGCGUGGUGACACUAACGCUGUUAAUAUCAACCGAUAUUGAGUCGCUGAUGCUGAUCGUCUCCGCGGUGGAAGCGAUGUUCACCUUGUGUUCGGUGGCGGGGCUGUUGUGGAUGCGUCACACUCUACCUCAGAAGAUGCGACCGAUCCGCGUCAACCUUAUCUUACCUAUAGUAUUCUUAAUCACGUGUACAUUCCUUGUUAUAUUCUGCUUUUUCGAGAACCCAAUAAAAGUGGGAAUCGGCAUUGCUUUCAUAGCACUAGGAGUUCCAAUAUACCUCAUAUUUAUUCAAUGGAGUAAUAAACCCAAAUGGUUGCAAUCAGCAUGCAAUUCCUUUAAUAUAACUUGCUCUAAAAUGUUCUUAUGCAUUCCCGAGGACUCUAAGGAAUUAUGAUCUUUGUUGACUGACCAAGUUUUGUGAUCCGAUUUGGUAUUAUCGUUAGUUACUUCGUGUUAUAGCGCGAAUUCAGAUCUGUUAAAUAAUAAGAUGAAGUUCGACAAUAUGAUUCCUAUGCUUUAGUUUUAUUAUCUACUAGCUUUUGCCCGCGGCUCCGCUCGCGUUAUAAAGUUUUUCAGGCUAAAGUUUUCCGUUAUAAAAGUAGUAGUUUCCCGGGAGCCUAUGUUCUUCCCAGGGUCUCAAACUGUCUCCAUACCAAAUUUCAUCUU